GCAGAGUCAUUUGCUGUGCCCUGUGUGAAGGCUGGCAUUGCCUGUCUCCCUCCUGGCUGCAGAGCUGCAGCUGGGCACAGCUUACACCAGCUCUCCUGGCACUGCAAAACCAGUCCCCCAGGUGAAUAUUCUGAAGGCUGCAGCUGUUGGGAAGAGCCUUUUUGCACCUGAACACUGCUAAGCAGUUCUGUAGUAAUCUAGAUCCAGGGCUGAGAAGGGUGUGAGGAAUGAGCAAAGCUCCCUGAGUAACACCUGGAAUGAGCAAACAACAAACUCCCUUUGUCUGGAAAGAGAAGCCAUGGCUGUGACACAGGUCUGCAAAAUGCACAAUAUGGAGCAGGGAUGCUUGAACUCCACAGAGCAGAACUCCCUGUUGAGGAGAGCGCAUGCCAGAGGUGCUGCGGGUGCCGGUGGUGAGAUGAGCUUUCGUGCCUCUUGAGGCAGCUCCGGCGGGCGGCGGGAGCUCGCUCCUUGCCGUGCUUCCCUCGGUGAUUGACGUUGGCAUCCAGAUCGCUGCAACUGUGCCUGAAGAAAAGCAAAGCAAAGGAGCCUAAUUUUGCUGAGAGAAUUUUCCUGGCAGGGCGAGGCAUGCAGUGCAGAGAGACGUGCCAGCCAAGAGCCUGGAAGCGCAAGUGCAGGUGCUAAGGCGAGUUCCACCCAAGCCAUGCUGUGGUGAAUCCUUUCUCCUCAGCCACAUCCUGCUCAGCACCAGGGCAGCUGCGAGGGGCUGCCCAUGGCACUGCGGCAGCCUGGGCUGGAUUAGUGCCUGCUCUGUCUUUGCUCCAGCCAUCCGAAGAACUGAAGAAGAUUGUAGGGAAGAUGUUGGACUUGAGCUUCCUGACUGAAGAGGAGUAUAUAAAGCUGAUGAAGGUUCUGCAGAGAGAUGCAGAGCUGAAGAAGAAGGAUGGGGAUCGCAUCAGGAGGAUACAAGGCUCCAUCAAGGAUGAAAAGAAGAAGAAGUUUGUGACAGGUGAAUGGUUUUCGGAAGUGAAGGCAAAACGGUUUCAGCAAGACUUGGAGGGGCCGGAUCUACUUCGGGCAUCAAUUAGAAGGAAAAAGGGCAAACUAGAAAUUGUCUGUUGCAUUACAGAUGAGGCCAACAAGCACAUCCAGAUGGGUCUGGAAAGCAAAGCUGUCCCGAGUCCUGCCUUUCCUGAGGAUGUUGCUGAUACAGGAGAGGGAAGAUCCAGUAGACCUACUCUUGAAACCACAGAAAAGAAAAUUUUGCCAAAACCAAAGCCAAGACUUCCUGUCCAGUUGUCUGCAUCAUACAAGGGAUCCAGCAUACAUGAUGUCUCUUCCUCAGAGAGUGACACUGGAGUAAGUCCAUUUGUGACUGCAACAAACAGCUUUCAUUUGUCUAAGAAAGGUCAUGGAGUAUCUCCAUUGCCCACCAAGCUUUCAGAGGAUGCUGUGCCUCAGCCCAGCACUGCAGCUGGAGAAGAAGCUCUUGAUGGGGCCACCGGCGCUACAGAGCGGCCAAAAAUUCCACCCGAAGAAACUUACGCUCCCAGCAAGAUACCAGUUAAGAAGAAACCAAGCAGAACCUUCCCCAGAUCCGAGCAGUUUGUGAAUCUUGUGGGGCCAGCAGAGAACAGCCUUACAAAGAAAGAGCCGCUGGCAAGCCCCAGACCACUGCCCACAGAGGGGGAAAGCAGCCAGGCUGGGAAGCAGGGCGUGAACUACACGAUCUCAUCGAUGAGCAGCAAAGAGGAGGGUAUCGGCCUUGACCGUGAGCACUUCAGGAACUUGAAGAACUUCUGGGAGAAGGGAGCAGACUCGGUGGCAGUGGGGAGCUCGGUGGCGGAGCUGGGCAGGGCGGAGGCAGACGGUCGGCAGUUCAAGCUGUGCCGCUCGCUCUCCGUGCAGUCUGGGCAAGGCCAGGACGCUGUGGAAAAACCUGGCACCUUCACCAAAACAAAGAGUCCCUACAAAAGGACAGUAACGUUGUCUUCUAGCGAGGAAGAGCCAAGCUGUGCCACCCCUGCAAGGAAGGGCUCGGUUUCCCUCACUCCCAGAUCCACGUAUGCCAAGAGCAAAGGCGGCCUGGUUACAAGAAAUGACUCACUGAGUGAAAGCAAUGGGAAGCUGCUGAUGCCAGAGGAAGAGAAGGUGGGGCAGCACUGCUCCAAGAAAUCCAGAUUGCCUGUGCGGGCGCCUUCCAUCAAACUCGAGUCACCUACCAAGGAUGUUUCUGGCAACACGUUGGAGCCAGGGACGCCUGUGGAGGAGCUGGUCAUGGCAGAAGAGCACAAGCCCACUGCGAGGUCCCAGGCGAGCAGGGUGCAGAUACUGAUCGAGCCUGUGCUCACAGAUGAUGAAGGCGAUGAUGCAAAAGAGGAAAGAUCUGAUUUGGGCACUCUUGACAACAUGGAAAUAAAUGGAGAGCUACCUGAGGAAAAAAUGUGCGAGUCUUCAGACCAGCUGGCAGCCGGUGAACCAUCUGGAGAGAGAGAGGCUGUUCAGGGAACAGACUCAGCUGUUUACUCAGAGGAAGAUGGGGAUCAUUCUCCUGCUGCUCAGGCACUGGCCCGAGCAAAUAGCAUUAAUCUUGCAAAGAGCAUGGUGAACAUUUACACAACCACAGAGACAUACAAUAAACCUCAUUUGAUACCACAUCAAUUUCUUGAACCUGAAAGAGUCAAAGAGCUGAGCAGAUCCUCUCCUGUCCUGUUGUCUGAGACUGAAUCAGACACAGCUUCAGAAAUCAGCUUCCAGUUUAACAGGCACAAGAAGACACCCAGCAUUGGCAGCCACUCGUCUGACAUGGCUUCUGUCUCCUCGGUGAGUGGCAGUGUGCUCAGUGUCUACAGCGGCGAUUUUGGGAGUGUGGAUGCCCAAGGAACCGUGGAAUUUGCUCUAGACUAUGACGAGAAGAACCGGGAGUUCCAGGUCCACGUGUCCCAGUGCAAGGACUUGGCUGUAGUGGAUGAGAAGAAAGGCAGAUCUGACCCGUAUGUUAAAACUUACCUGCUCCCAGACAAAGCUAGGAUGGGUAAGAGGAAAACAUCAGUGAAGAAGAGGACAGUGAAUCCCAUUUACAAUGAGGUGUUACGGUAUAAAAUAGAGAAAAUGGUAUUGCUGAUCCAAAAAUUAAAUCUCUCUGUUUGGCACAAUGAUCCAUUGGGACGUAACAGUUUUUUGGGAGAGAUUGAAAUUGACUUGGCCAGCUGGGACUGGAGCAACAGGAAACUCAACUGGUACCCACUGAAGCCCCGGAGCCUUUCUGCUGUUAAUGGUGUGGAUCAUCGAGGAGUGAUGAGUUUGUCCAUUAAGUAUGUGCCCCCUGGAAGCCUAGGGCCCAAGAAUCCUCCCUCUGGCGAAGUUCACAUUUGGGUCAAAGAUGUCAAGGACCUGCUGCAGUUGCGUCCAUCUGGAGUUGACUCCUUUGUGAAGUGCUAUGUGCUGCCAGACACCAGUAAGAAGAGCUACCAAAAGACCCGAGUCAUAAAGAGAGACACAAACCCUGUUUUCAAUCACACCAUUGUGUAUGAUGGCUUUCAUACUGAGGAUCUGAAGGAUGCAUGUGUUGAACUCACUGUGUGGGAUCAUGAAAAGCUUACCAACCAUUUCCUUGGAGGAAUCAGGCUGGGCCUUGGGACGGGUUUGAGCUAUGGCAUCUCUGUGGACUGGAUGGAUUCCACACAGGAGGAGGUGGCCUUUUGGCAGGAGAUGAUGCUGGCUGCCAAUGAAUGGAUCGAGGGAUUGCUACCACUGCGCUCACUGGCAGGGAGGAAAAAACUGAAAUAACCCAUCGUUGGUGCCAUAGAAAUGCCCAGUGUUCAUUAGAAUUGGGAAACUUCCUGCACCAGGGAGAAAGAGACCAUCCACAGGGCUGCAAGUGUCAGGGUGAUAAGGCAAUUAAUGGGCAUCACCUUGGAGGUGUUCAUGUUAAAUACUAAUCCACUGACGGAGGACAUGGAAGAUGCCAAACUGAUGCUAUACGUGAUUCUGACCAAGAAGAAACUUAAUUUGCCUUUUUGUUUAAUCAUUUAUGUAUUCAGUAUAUUUGAAUUCCAUUAAGCUCUGGGAGCAUUAGCAGAAGGAAAAGGAGAUACGGAUACUUUUAUUUUUUUACUGUUUCUUGUGCCAUUUUUUUCCUCGCAGAGAUGCAGUUGUACUGAAGCAGCAGCGUGGUAUUAUUCAUACUCCCUGCAAGGGGUACACUUUGUACUUGAUGUACAAUUGCUCCAAGUCACCAGCACAGUUUGAGAACGGGAGCUUUGCAUUUGUCACUGGUGAUAACACCUCUUUAACAUGAGGAAAACUGAGUUCCAAGGUGCAUAUAAAGAAAGAGAGGACUAUUUGCAGCACAAAAUGAAGCAACCUGAGGAGGAUGGCAAUGAGGAAUUCAGUAUAUUAAUUUCUUUCUGCUUUAAUCUGAAAGAGUGCAAGGAUGGUCUUACAGCUAGUGGGAUUUUGCAAGCAGGGGCUGUUUUCCUGGCUUUCCCGCAGGCUUCCUCAGUGACCUCAGGCAAGUUUCUUUGUGAGAGUUUGAGUGCAAUAUAAACUAAAGUGUUUGCCCAAAUGUGAAAUAUGGUUACAUUGCUAAUGUGCCUAAUCACACCUCUGCAAUGCCUUGUGUGCAACACAUUUCAGUAUGAACUAAUGAGGUAGGGGACGUUCACACGUUAGCCUGGCACCAUGGGUCAGGGAUGAAAGGUGAAAACCACGCUGGAACACAGAAGAUACUGGGAGCUGCUGGGAGAGGUGAGUAGGGAGUGAGUGAAUGUGAAGGGAGUGCAGAGCUGCAGUUUCCUGGGGGCCUCCUACCUCUGCCUCCCCUGCUGCCCCUCUAGUGUCCCUUUCACCUGAUGCCUGUUAGUGAGUUGUCUGUGCCUGGAAUUUCCCUUUUGCCAGUAGCUUGCAAAAAACCUUUGCAUCUGGCACAUUGACUGUGGUGGAGUGGUGAAUACAUUUUGAAUUGCAGCUUUGUAAUUUCUAUUUUGGAUGUACAUAUUGUGAUUAAAUAGAAUGUUUUUCUUUAGUCAUCAAUUUGUCUUCUUGUACCUAUUUUUAUCAUGCUCUAAAUAACAAAAAAGCAAGCAAAAGAGGUGUUAAAUUUUGUUGUGUCAUAAUGAAGUGGUUUUGCCAAAGGGCAAGUGAAAUGUCAUGAAGAAAUAUUUUUUAUAACUAUCCCAAUUUAGAUUUUGGCUCUCUGAUUAUUCUGAUAUUCUUCUUUAAUGAAUUGAUUUUAUUUAACUCAAGCCUAGUGAAUUUUCAGCUUAGCAAAGAUGGUUGUAAAUAAAUUAAUGGGAAAAUGUACACUUGGAGUAACAAGACUUUUUCUUUAAAUGGAAACAUUUGGGAGAUAAUCAGCAGCUUUCAUGGGAAAAAAUAAAGAAUUAAAGUGGUUCUGCAGUUGGAAAAAGACAAUGCUUGGAAAUGUACCAGACAUGGUAAUAAAAGCACUAAGAGAGAGUCCAUAGAGCAACAGAUUUAAGCAGUGACUGUCUAAUGAAGGAGCUGAUACAUCUGUAACAUGUCAGCCCAAAAAUACUUUGAAUGCGCUCCAGCCUGACAUGUUUUGUUCACCAAGAUUUGGUCAUUUAUUACCUUUGUGGGAUAAAAUAACAAUACUGGGCCUAAGUUGAGAGUAUUAAAAAUAUUAUCUUUAGCUUAGGUGCUGAACAUGUGAGUAUUUAUACAUUUGUAUAACUUACCUACUCCUCCUCCUACUGGGUGAGGAGCCCUGGUCAUAGGGUGGUGGGUGGUGGCUUGUGGCAGUGAAGUUGCCCAUGGGAGUGCUUCUUUCUUCCUGGGUGCUUCCCUGUCCGCAGGGAUUGGGAUAUUCCUGGGGGCAGAAUUUCUGCUGUGGCUGGGAAAGUGGUUGGUAACACCAGGGGCUCUGCCUCAGACAGGUCCAGGUCUCUUCCCGGUGGGUUCAGCUGAUUCCUCUCCGUCAUGAAAGUGGAGUUAACCCACCUCCUCCUCCUCAUGCAGCAUUAGUACAUGGCAAUGUUGCCAAAAGUGCUGUUUGCAUCAAUGGAGCUGGAAAUGGUUCUGUUGGUGGUUCAGAAAAUUAACAUCUUUUUCAUUUGUGGUGCCAGUAAGGGGAGAAAAAGGGGGUCAGUGGGCCAGUUCAUCCCAGCAGAGUUACUUUUAUGAACGUGGCACGGGACUUUGUGAGACUAUUCUUGUAUUCAGAUUCCACUGAGGAUUUUUUGUUAAUCUUUUGCUGGCUUGUUUGUUUAAAUUAAGCCCUGAUUAACUUAAGAAGCUUUCUUUGGCAUUUAAUAGUUUAUCAAAGUAAAAGAUUACACUGCCAAACCACACACACUUGUGUCCCACAGCUGAUUCUGAGGCAGUAAAAUUUGCUAUUCUCUCUGUGUUUCACUUACUGCACAGAAAGCACUUUAUCAUAAAAUGAUUUAAGGCACAUUUAUUGCCAGUGUCCUGUGGAGGAGCAGAGGAUCUUGUGGGUAUAAGGUUAGUGGCCUGUUUGCAUGUGGUUUAUGAUGCUGACAUUUGUUGUCAGCUGAACCUAACUGAGACUCUGGCCUGUAGGUGUGUGCUGAUGGCAACAAGAGUGGGGUUGUAACUGUCUGAUUUAUAAAACUUUUUAUUGGAACUCUUCCAGGAUUAAAAAAAAAAAAAAGGAGAAAAAGCAAAAUUCUAGAAAGUAUUUCUGCCUCCUCAGGCAAAUAUAAUGUGUGGCCAUCAAAAUUAUUCAUGUCAGAAAGUAUUCGUAUCAGGUAUCAGAAGCUAAUGAAAAUAGUUUAGAAGCUAACUAAAGAAGAGAAAGAAAGAAUUGUUGAACCUUGAAUGAGUGCCUCAGUGGAGAUGGAAAGAAGUGGCUGAAUUAAUUAUCCAUUACUAAGUAUUUGCCUAGCUUUAUCCUUCAUCAAGAUGGGGAAAAAAAUUGAAGUACUGUAGAGAUUUGGAGAUUAAAAAAAACGCUGGCUAAAUAAACCCUUGUAAUAAUGUGAUCUGUUGAAAUUUUAAAAUGCUGUAUUUUUGCAGGCUUGUUAAGUUGAAAAAUGUAUCAAAUAGGCUGGUGCUUCAAAAACUGAAUAAAUACAUUUCUGGGCCUGAUAACUAA